GGGAGAAAUCUCCCGCCGGAAGUUCUCGAAGGGGCGCCACCAUAGAGCGCAGCCCUCCCUCCGGUCUGGCUAGAGGUGCCCCGUUUCCGCUCCCCCGGCGGAUCGUGGGAGGCCAUUUUAGGUCCCUUUGGGGGCAGCCGCGAGUCCGAUUUGGCUCGGUCACGAGCACCCGGGCUGAAUCGGGAGCAGCUGCCUUCUGGGGCCGAGGCCUGGGUUUCCCGGCAGCUGGCCCGUUCCCGGGACCCCGGUUGAGGAAACUGAGGCCCAAAGAGGGGAAAUAAUUUGCUUAAGGUCACUCUACCGUGAUUUGAACUGGAUAUUGGAGCCUGGGUCGAAAGGAAGGGAGCAACUAAGCUGAAGAAAUACUGUUAAGUCUUGGAAAUAGCAGCUCCUUAUCAUGGCCAGCAGCCCUGAUGAAGAUCCAGGAGAGAACAGAAUUGUGUAUGUGAAAGGGGACCUUUUUGCAUGCCCCCAAACAGACUCAUUGGCCCACUGCAUCAGUGAGGAUUGUCGAAUGGGUGCUGGGAUAGCUGUUCUCUUCAAAAAGAAGUUUGGAGGGGUGCAGGAGCUCUUGAAUCAACAAAAGAAAUCUGGAGAAGUGGCAGUGUUAAAGAGAGAUGAAAGAUAUGUAUACUACCUGAUUACAAAGAAGAGAGCUUCUCAUAAGCCGACUUAUGAAAACUUGCAAAAGAGUCUAGAGGCCAUGAAAACCCAUUGUCUGAAGAAUGGGGUUACUGACCUCUCCAUGCCUAGGAUUGGAUGUGGUCUUGACCGGCUACAGUGGGAGAAAGUCUCGGCAAUGAUUGAAGAGGUGUUUGAGGGCACAGACAUCAGGAUUACUGUAUAUACUCUCUGAACAGAUGGACCUUGUGGAUGUGUCCAUGUCUCUCAUCUCACCCCCACCAAGCCCAGAGAACUGGGACAGGAGAUCUUAAAUUGAUCAGGGAAAUGUUUUAUUUGAAGUAGUCUCUCUCAACACCGGCCAAAUUCAAGAUGCUGUUGUUUGGAUGGGCUAUGGAGGCUAGGGUGUUUCAGAUAUGUUGCUGUUUUGUUCAAAUGAGGGUGAAAAGCUGAUAGUCUGUUGGACGGGGAAAUGCCGGGUGAUGGUUUGUUUAACAGGACGAACAACCCUUGGUGAGUAUCAUUGAUUUGUUCAGCUGGCCACUAAGUGGCAGCAUUUACUCUGCUUCUCUUUAAGGAGAGCACUUUCAGGGAGGAUGAAAGUUUCAAUUGGUUUGGCAUUUCUUUUUGUAUUUUUGCCCCCCCUGAAAUCAUGAUUUGUGCACUUGUUCGGUGUUGUCUUUGUGUUGCCAGAGCCAUUCUAGGACAGGUGGAUUAAGGUGUUUUUAAAAAAAAAAUUUGUACAACUAAGCUUUAUGUUUUUGACAGGGGGAGUUCUCUUCUGUUGAAUAAAGUGGAAAAAAAUUAAAGAACUUGCUCUUGAGUUUUGUAAAAUGAGGUUUUGUGCUCAUGGACUGUAGCCUAAUCUCGAUUUAGAGUAAAGCAGUUGCAAGAGUUUUCAGUUAUGUUUGACUGGAGUACCUUAUUCCAAAGCUAUUUUAAGGAUCCAUACUCUCACUUUCAUGAGAAAUUAAAUAAUUGGAAUUAAUGACAAGUCAGGAGCCCUCUCCGUGACUGACUUAACAGCUUUCAUAUCUUUUCACAUCUGCUUCAGAUUGUAGACUCAGAAAUAGCUUUACAGUGACAUGAGCAAAAUUAACUUCCUCCAUGUGGUAGUUUUUUCCCUCCUUUCUUACAUAUUACCAGCCAGAUAUAUCUUAUCACCACUGGUGGAAGACCAUCUAUGAUUGCUAUCUGUUACCUGAAGUAAAUGCUAGCUAGCCUCAGGUAUCAUAGCCCACUCCCAGGAAGGACCAACACACCUGACUAUAAAUAGUCUUAUAUGAGAGAUGAUUCCCAGAUAGUCCAGUGGUAGUCUUUGUUCCCUUCACUAGCUUUAUCUUAUAUUACCAAACCUACCUGUGACAAACUAAGGGAGUAGUGUGGCAUCCAUUUUAUCUAUUUCAUUUUUAGACUAGCAGUACAAGGCUUGUGACAUUUAGGAUGAGUAACUUUAUAUCAGAGCUCUGGUACAUAAACUAGAAGUACACAUUUUCUUUCUAUAUCUAUGUUAAGAAUUAGAACAGCCAGAUGAGUUAUUGAUUUUUUUCCUAUAGUGAAUUCUCAACACAAGACUUCUUUAGUUAUUCUUACAAGUGGAAAAAAAUGUGAAUGUUAGAAGGGUUAUGUAUCUUGGUAAAGCACUUUAAAACUGCUUUUGAUUGUAACCUUUGUACUUCAGACCUGUGUCUGGCUUAUCACAUCAUUCAGAUAAGAAAAAGCAGUUUCAAUAACUACUUAACUUCAUUUGUUAGUGCUCCCCUGUGUAAUGUGUCUACAUUAGACUUCUUGCCUUGAAAGCCAGAGAGGCCCAAAGUUGCACAUAGCUGUUGUACUCAGCACUAUUAAGUCCAAGAUUUUCCCCUCAAGUCCUAGCUCCUUCAUUUUUAGAGUUCAGGGUUGAUUUUGCAUUUGGAAAAGCCUCAUUGGUUUUUGCAGUGAGAUCUACAUUUGCCUCAACCAGUAUGGCCUGGGGAUGAAUUGGGGUUAAGAGUGGUGAUAUGAUAAAAUGCUUUGCCAUUUACAAAUACUACUUGGGUCAAAUUCCUAUGGCUUAUCACACUGGAAGAAUGGAGAAAGGAGCCAGGACCCUGGUUUCAAAAUGAGGGAUGUUAUUCCUGGAAACCUGAACAAGGUUUAGGAAAACACCAAGAAUUCACACGUAGUUUAUUUUUACGGGUUUCAUGUCCUUAAGAAAUGGGAAUUGUGACUGAUUUUCACAUGUUAGCUUCGAGUCUGCAAAUGAUUUAAUUUGCAUCUCACUGUGUGGAAAUUCCUGCCCUCUUUAAAGUUAGGAAGUCAGCUGCUCAAUCAUGGUAAUUAGGCUUUGGACUCCUCCUUGGGGAUGAAGGUUUUACUUUUCUUUUGUUCCAUACCUGACUUUGGUUUUCUGAGAAGUUUGAGGGAGCAAGAGAAUUUAAUAAGAUAAUCAAAUCCAGAAGCCAGCCUGAAUAUGGGGCAAAAUUAGGGGAAAAAACCCAAACAAACAAACCCCAAAGCUUUUUAUGGAGAUUAAAGACAUCAGUAGAAAAUCUGUGUAAGGAGUUGUUUUUGCUGAAGCAAUUAACAACUUAAGCCUCCUGUUAUUUUUUUGGUAUGAACUGAUUCAGAGGCAAUGAUAUAGUGGAGAAAGGGCCUACCUUAGACUCAGAAAGACCUGGAUUCAAGUCCUGCUUCUCACAAAUACUAAUUUUAUGACCAUGUAUAAUUCACUUAACCUCAGUUAUCACAGACUACUACUCUCUAAUAACUAUAAAAUACAUAAAUGGCUGAGCUACCUUUGUGGAAGGAAUUUCUGCACCAAUGAAAUCACCGGUUGAGACAAAAAAA